AUGGUUUAUGAAUGCAGAUCAGGCAUCACCUACUCAGGAUGUCCCUCCCAGAUCUCCUUUGUUUUCAAUUUUGCUGGCUUGGAAAACUGUCUUCUUGCAGCAAUGGCCUAUGACCGCUAUGUAGCCAUUUGUCACCCUCUGAGCUACACAGUCAUCAUGAAUGCCCGCCUCUGUGGUCGGCUGAUUGUAUUUUCCCUGGUCAUUAGCCUUGCAAAUGCCCUGCUGCUCAGUCUGAUGGUCCUACGUCUGUCCUUCUGCACAGACCUGGAGAUCCCCCACUUCUUCUGCGAACUCGCUCAGGUCAUCGAGCUGGCCUGUUCUGACACCCUCGUCAAUAACCUCCUGAUAUAUGUUGCAGCUGUCCUAUUUGGUGGAAUUCCUCUCCCUGGAAUAAUUUUCUCUUAUAUUCAAAUCGUCUCCUUUGUUUUGAAAAUCCCACCAAUAAGAAGAAAGUAUAAAGCCUUUUCCACCUGUGGGUCUCACCUGUCUGUUGUUUCCCUGUUCUAUGGGACAGGUUUGGGGGUGUACAUUACCUCUGAGGUGACUGACUCCCCCAGGAAGACUGCAGUGGCUUCUGUGAUGUACUCUGUGGUCCCUCAGAUGCUGAACCCCUUUAUCUACAGCCUGAGGAACAGGGACAUGAAGGAGGCCUUGAGGAAGCUCUUUGAUAGGACGGAUUUUAGAGUAAGAUAA